AUGUCCUCGUCGUUGCCUUUCUCAUCGCGGGGCCCAGAGACCAGAGGUGCUCGUCAUAGUUUGUCCUCUGACACCGAUUCUUCAGGAUCAAGUGCAAUCGACGACGAGCCAGCAUUCGUAAACUCGAGCGUCGACUCCGAAGACGACGUUGCCGCACGAUCCAACGGCGAUCGAGCACCGUCGCCGAGAAUCCCUGAAGAGGUAAGCGACGAACCUACGCGGGACAGCCUGCCUCUCGAUGCGGCCACUGGUUACCGCAGCCGGGCUGGGAGCAGCGGACCCAUGUGCCGGAUCUGUCACGAAAGCGACCAAAAGGAUAAGCUUGAGUCUCCCUGCAGUUGCUCUGGCACCAUAGGCUUCGUGCACGCGUCCUGCCUCGAGCAUUGGCUCACUGAGCGGAACGUGAACUUUUGCGAACUCUGCGGCCAUCGUUUCCAGGUGGUCACCCAGCCUCUUACCGCGCUCCGGUUCUUCCGGUGGGUAUCGCAAAGCAAGGGAUGGCUGUCGCGAGAAUGUCUCUGUGACCUGUUCGGCCUGUCCAUAGUGAUACUGUUCGCUGUGUGCGUGUUUUACGUGCUGGCGAGAUGGGUGCUUAAGUCGGACCGCGUAGCCUGGUGCGUCGUCUUCUUGUAUCUCAUAAACAUCACCUAA